AUGAGGUAUUACAUGAAGCCUUCAUUUGUCAGGAAGUUAAACCGAGAUGGGUUUAGCCCUAUGCAUUUGGCACUAAGAAAUGGGCAGAUCAAGCUAGUGCUGCGACUGUUGAAGGCCGAUAAAGAAAUGGGCAGAACUCCUUUGCACUGCGUAGUUACAAUGGGAAACUCUAAUUUGUUAAUCGAGUUCCUUGAAGCUUGCCCUGAAUGCAUUGAAGAUGUGACAGUUCUGAAUGAGACGGCCUUACAUCUUGCUUUGAAAAAUGAUCAGAUCGAAGCUUUUAAUCUCCUUAUUGGGUGGCUUCAAAAGAACCGUCGCAAAGGAGCCUUUGCCUUGGAAAAAAAACUUGUGAAUUGGAGAGACAAUGAUGACAACACUAUGUUGCAUAUUGCUGCUAGCAAGGGAUUACAUCAGGAACUACAGCUGGUGUUAGAUUCCUUUGACUCAUUCAGAAUUAAUGUAAAAGCUAUGAACUCCCAGGGUUUGACAGCUCUAGAAAUCAUACAAAAUGUUCAAAGACAAGCGGUGAACACCGCCCAAGAUGACACCACCACCACCAAGAUUAAACGCUUAAAGAAAAAAGUACAUGGAUAUGAAAAACCGCUUACGUUUCUAGCUCGUGAAAAGUCCAACAUGUCGGCGGAGAUGCUCAACGCAACGCUGGUGGUUACGGCGUUGGUUAUAACAGCAAUCUACCAAUCAUCACUAAGCUCUGGCAAGCUGCUAGCACUAACACUUCUACUAGUGAUCCAUUAUUUCCGACCUCAAAUAACGUUACUCUUCACUUCUUAG